CAAAGGUGUUGAUAAGAAAAAUCUUAAUAGUACGUGUAGAUGAUGAAUAAAUAAUAUAAAAAGUGCAUAAUGUAAGAGGUUUACGCUUCCGGCAUCUGUCGAAACAGCUGUCACAAAAUAUCUGUAUCGAUUUUAUGCUGUUGUCGUCAAUCUCUUAAUCAACAACAAACAUGUACACAAAUUUGGAAAAAACACGGAAGUGAAUGCAGACGAUAGUUGGAAAAAAAUGGCGAAACAACGAGCGCCCAACUUUACAUUACAAGAAAACACCCUCCUCGCUCAUUUGAUGGGUGAAGAGUACAUGAACUUCGGUGUGUCCAGGCAUAAACUGGACAGACAUAGGUUUACCAGCCAAAUUUCUAGCUCUGUAAAAAAGGAAAUGUGGUCAAAUGUGGAGACUACAUUUAACGCCAAUAGUACAGGGCCCCACAGAAAAGGGAGUGACCUCGAGAAAAAAUGGGAGAACCUCACAUCUACACAAAGAGGCAUCUACCAGGAUCAUCAGCGUAUGCUGACAUUGACUGGCAGUCCUCCGUUUAAUUCAAAAUGCACAAUCCUCACUGAGGCUGUGAUGAACGUAAUUGGAAAAGAGGGAGUUGACAUAAUGGGUAUUGGACCCAGCAGCCUAGACACCUCUAUUUUGCAAUUGACUGAUAUGCGUGAUGAUGACCAGCAAGAUGCUGAAAUCAACAUGACCAUGUGUACUUCAAGUGCUGCGAUGUCAAAAUCAGUUUCCUUUAAUCCGAAAAGAAGAUAUACACCAUCGAUGGCUGAGAAUGGCUAUAGAAGCGCAACUAUUUCUCCUCCAGACAAACCUUCACCAUCAUGUUGCAGUCAUUGCAGUCUACAUGAACUUAAUGCCUUGAAGAAGAGGAAGCUGGAGCUUCAAAUACAAUUGUUUUAGGCCCAGUUGGCGCGAUUUGAUGAGGAAUAGAUUAUUAUGUUAUUUGUUAUUAUUUUGUUAUGAAGAUAUAGUUUAGUUAUAUUAAAGAGUUACAUGAAAUUCA